AUGAUAGGCAUUUUAGAUAUAUUUGGAUUUGAAAUAUUUACUGAUGUAAAUGGAUUGCACAAUAAUAGUUUUGAGUAAUUAAACAUUAAUUAUACUAAUGAAAAAUUUUAAAAGCACUUUAAUUAGUAAAUUUUUGUAACAGAAUAAAAAGAAUAUGAUCAAGAAUAAAUUAAAUGGUAAUAAAUUAAAUUUCCAGAUAAUAAAAAAAUAAUAGAUUCAAUUGAAAAUUCAUAAAUUUCCAUAUAUUAAAUGUUAAUUAAUUAAACUAUUAUAUAAAAUAGAGUAGAUAAAGAAUUUUUAAAUUCUCUAAAAUAAUCGCCUAAAGAUAACUUAGUAUUAGUAGGUGAUUUGUAAGAAGCUGAAAUAGAACCUAGAUUUGAUAAAAAAUUACUUAGAAUUGCUAAGGUUGAUUGGUUUUGUUUAAAACAUUUUGCUGGUGCUGUUGCUUAUAAUGUGAUAGGAUUUAUUGAAAAAAUAGAGAUUUAAUCAGUUCUUAGGUUUUUUAAAUAUUACCUAAAAGUACUAAUCCUGUUUUAAAAGAAAUUUGGUCAAAUAUUUAAUAUAAUAAUCAAUAAAUGAAAUAAAAUAAUAUUAUAAACAAAUUUUAGAAUUCUUUGAAAGAUUUAAUUAAUUUAUUAAAUUAGUCGUAUAUUAGAUGUAUUAAACCUAACAAUUUAAAAUAACCUUUAAUGUUUGAUGCUGAAGAUGUCAGGAGAUAAAUGACGUGUGCAGGAUUGAUGGAAGCUAUUUAAAUUCGAAAGGCUGGCUAUGAAAUUAGAUAAAAAAUUUUGAUUUUAUUAGAAAAUAUUAGUAUCUUGUGGACAAAAAUCCAAAAAAUAUCGAAGAAAUGCUUAAACUAUUAGGUGAAAAUUAAUAAAUUGGGCAGUUUUUGAAAGAAUAAUCUAGAUUACUUGGUUUUUAAAUCGGAAAGACUAAAUUAUUUAUGAAACAAUAUUUUCGAGAAUGUUUUGAUAUCAAACUAAUUGAAUUUAGAUUAAAAUACCAUUUUGAAAAUUUAAAAAUAAUUUAGAAUUUAUAUAAGUAUAACAAAAUUGAAAAGAAAAUUAAAAGAAUUAAAUCAUAAAUUGGUAAGAAUAAAAAGAGCUAUUAAAAGAUUUUUAUUUAAAAAAUCAAUAGAGUAAAGAAUUAAGUUGAGAAAAAAAAUAAAUACUCUUAUAACUUAAUGUACGAUUCGGUGUAAGAAAUAGAUUUUAAAGACAAAUAAUAAUAAAAAGUCCAAUAGAUUGAGAUCAAAUAAUAAUAACAAUAACAAUAACAAUAACAAUAACAAUAAUAAUAAUAAUAAUAAUAAUAAUAAUAAUAAUAAUAAUAAUAAUAAUAAUAAUAAUAAUAAUUAGAAACUUAACUUCAGAAGAAAAAUGGAUUGAUUAAACUUUAUUAAGAUUAAAUAAAAUCUCUAAUUCAUGGCUGGAGAAUAUAAAUUUUAGAAAAUGAAUAUCUAUUCACUAACUUUAACUUAAAAACUUAUCAAGAGAAAUUAGUAAUAAAUUAUUUAAUUUUAGCCAAUAUAUGA